AUGUGCAUGGAGUGGAGUGGAGUGGAGUGGGUGUGCCGUGAGACAGCCUACUGGAGUGAUGGGCGUUGGGCGAUCAUAGCUGAUGGCCUGGGUUCCUUCCGAAUCCGCUCAUCGCGCGGUGGACGUGGACCAUGCACGUACUACAGGGCAGCAGCUGGGAGCUUUCCGCCAUGGAAUUCCGAGUUCAGAGUUGUUCAUGUCAACUGGAGAAGGUCCAUUGAGACAGUGCAUAGAUAUUUUAAAGAGGUCUUGUAUGCCAUUGGCGAACUAAGGCAGGACUUGAUUAAAGCUCCAUCUAAUGAGACACCGCUUAAAAUAAGCAACAGCCCAAGAUGGUACCCAUACUUUAAGGAUUGUAUUGGGGCAAUAGAUGGGACUCAUAUCCAUGCUAGGGUCCCAGCAAGGAUACAAGCAGCAUUUAGGGGUAGGAAGAACCACCCCACCCAAAAUGUUCUUGCUGCUGUUGGCUUUGAUUUGAAAUUUACCUACGUGUUGGCCGGCUGGGAGGGUUCAGCACAUGAUGCUACCAUCCUUGCUGAUGCACUAGAGAGGCACGAUGGGUUAACGGUCCAACCAGGGAAAUUUUACCUAGUAGAUGUUGGAUAUGCUUGCAAACCUGGAUUUCUCCCACCUUAUCGUGGCACUAGGUAUCAUUUGAAAGAGUACAGUAGGAGGAACUACCCCACCAACCCAAGAGAAUUGUUUAAUUUGAGGCAUUCAAGUUUAAGAGUCACCGUUGAAAGGGCUUUUGGUGCUUUGAAGAACCGUUUUCGUAUCAUUGACAACAAACCAUUUCAUCCCUUUAGGACUCAAGUAAAGUUAGUGCUUGCUUGUUGCAUAUUGCAUAAUUGGAUCCUUGGACAUGGGGUUGAUGAGGUUAUUCCUGAGGAGUUCUCUUGGGUGCCCAACAAUAAUGGUACUGAUGACCAUCUGUUGCAUGGGGAUGACAAUGCUGCUUGGGCUCAUACCAGGGAUGAAAUUGCUAAUCACAUGUGGGCAAACAAGGGAAACUCUCGCAUCUUUGUUCUAUGUACUCGAGCUUAUCUGUUGGUGUUUGUAAUGAAUAACAAUGUGCAACGAUGA